UUCGCCUAGUCGCAUGGAGAAGUAGUCUGUCUUCUUGAAGUUCUUUUUUUGGAGGGAGGGGUAAUGGCCCGCGCUAGGUACGCUAGAAGCCGAGGAUGAAGAAGUGUGCGUGGUAUAGCUGCUGCAGAAACGAACAGUAAACGGCCGUUUGCUUGGAACUGACUGCUUGCCUUUUCCUCUCGCGACAAUAUAAUGAUUUCGUAUUAAUAACUAAUUCAACGGCGCGCCUGUCACCCGUUCUCCUAGGAAUUCGAACUUAUUCGGGACAUCACUGCAGCGACGAUGGAAACGCGCCUAGGGGAGUCCGCGUGAAAGUUAUCACAAUUAACGAAACGUCGUUAAAUUCCGGGCGUAGGUGAACAGCAUGGUCCCUGUGCUCGCCUACUGGGACGUGCGAGGCUUUGCCCAAGCCAUCCGCAACCUUCUCGUCCACGAGGGAGUCGAGUUCGAGGACAAGCGCUGCCAGCACGGAUCGCCGCCGGAGUACGGCCGCGGUGAAUGGUUCAAGGACAAGUUCGCGCUGGGACUGAAGUUUCCCAACUUGCCGUACUACAUCGACGACGACGUGAAGAUCACGCAGAGCUUGGCCAUUCUGCGGCAUCUCGGAAGAAAGUACGACCUGAACGCCAGCAGCAGCCUCGAAGCCACGGAACUCGACGUUCUCGAGCAGCAAGCUCGGGACCUGUGCCUCAUCCUCGCCUACGAGGCCGUUCCAAUGCCUCGGUACAGAGAAGGGCUCAAGUCAUACGCCGAGAACGUCAAGGACAUGCUCGAGCCUUGGGCAAAGCACCUGGCUGGGCUGAAGUGGGUGCUCGGAGACAGGCUCACCUAUGUGGAUUUCCUGCUGUACGAGGGGCUCGACUGGCACCGAGUGUUCAAACCGGACGCCGUGCAGCAAUACCCGGAGAUCGUCCAGUACCUCGAAAGAUUUGAACAGCUAUCCAACCUCAAAGAAUACUUCGCCUCGGACGAGUACAAGGAAUGGCCCAUUAUGGGGCCACUCCGGUCGUGGGGUUACAACAGAGGUACCUGCGUUUCAGAGUGAACCAGUUUAGUCCGCAGUUGUUCUUUUUUUCUUUGUUACAUGGGCCCACUAUUCUACACACGUAACAUUUUCAUUCUUGGUACUCGCCGCGGUAGCUUAGCAGUAUGGUGUUGCGCUGCUAAGCACGAGGUCGCGGCAUCAGAUCCCGGCCGCGACGGCCGCAUUUCGAUGGGAGCGAAAUGCGAAAAGCCCGUGUACCGUGCAUUGGGGGCACAUUGGGGGCAAUAAUGUUUACCUGGUGGUAAACAUUACUCCGGAGUCCCCCACUACGUCGUACCUCAUAUUCAAAUCAUGGUUUUUGCACACAAAACCUCAGAAUUCAUUCAUUCAUGGUGCC